CCGCGCCCGCCCCUUCCGCCCCGGCAGCCAUGGAGGCGGCGCCGCCGCUGUUCUCCUUCGGUGUCAUCACGGAUAUCCAGUACGCGGACGCGGAGGACGGUUACGACUUCGAGGGGUGCCGCCGGCGGUAUUACCGGCAGAGCCUGCAGCUGCUGAGGGACGCUGUGGAAGCGUGGGCCGCCGAGAAGCCGCCGCUCGCCUUCGUGCUGCAGCUGGGGGACAGCAUCGACGGCCUCAACGCCGGCGGCGGCACGGCCGAAGCCGCCUUGGAGCGGGUGCUGGAAGUUCUGGGGCGGCUGCCGGUGCCGGUGCAUCACGCGUGGGGGAACCACGAGUUGUACAACUUCAGCCGGGCGCGGCUGCUGCGCAGCAGCCUGCACGGCUCGGCCGCCGCCUCGGCCGGCACGCCCGCCGCCUGCCAGGCCUAUCACUUCAGCCCGGCCGCUCGCUUCCGAGUCGUCGUGCUCGAUGCCUACGACCUCAGCAUCCUGGGCAGGGAGCCCGGCAGCCCCCGCUACCAGGAGUCCCUGCGGCUGCUGCGGGAGAAGAACCCCAACGACAACCUCAACAACCCUGAAGGACUCGAAGAGCCUCGGUUUGUAGAGUUCAAUGGAGGAUUUAGCCAAGCCCAGCUGGACUGGUUCAAUGAAGUCCUCAAGUUCUCUGAUGAAAACCAGGAAAAAGUUGUAGUUAUGGGUCAUCUUCCCAUUCAUCCAGAAGCUUCAAACGCAGUUUGCCUAGCCUGGAAUUAUGAAGAUGCCCUUUCUGUCAUCCACUCCCAUCAGUGUGUGGUUUGCUUCCUGGCAGGACACCUGCACGAUGGUGGCUACUGUUUAGACUCUCAUGGAGUCCAUCAUGUGACUUUGGCAGCAAUUAUUGAAACUCCACCUGAAAGCAAUGCCUUUGGAACUAUUUACGUCUAUGAAGAUAAAAUGAUACUAAGGGGAAGAGGCAGAAUUUCAGACAGAAUUAUGACUUUCUGAAAAUGUGUGUUGGCCAAGAUUCUCGCAUCUCUUUGUUCACAUAAAUGUACAGCCAGGCCACAAAGGGGAAGAGGGCAACCACAAUGGCAGCAGUCAAGCUCACUCCACUCAGUGGACUCCUGUAAAGAAGCAAAUGCAACAGAACUACUUCAAAUCAGACCCUAGGAAACACUCACGUCUGCCAGCAGUUGGAAAGAGAGCAGGAAGUCUUCAGCCACUCUCAUAUUGCUCCUGUGGAUGUGUUAGCAGAGUCCUUUACUGCAGAGGCACCACCUGCCAGCACAAAAGGUUUUUCUACCACCUCAGGCUACAUAAACCAGGUGAAAGAAAAGGAAAAGGUUGCCCAGGCAUCUGUGAUGUGUUUUCCUGGCACAAAGAUACUUUUUGGCAGAUUAGGAUUUUUCAUACUCCCUGGAUUUGAGCAAAGCUGCUGUAGUCCAGUCUUCUGAAGGGGCUGGAGGGGAAAGUGUGGAGCCAUUGCAGCCAGCUGCCUUCUGCCAGCUCUGCCUGCAUCAGCUGCCUGCUCUGGAGGAUGUAGCAGACACCAGUAGAGAGACUCUCCUUGGAAAGUUCUGUGAACUGGGAGCAGUGGCAGAAUUGUCUUUGCAGUCUAAUAACAGUUGUGUCCAACAGUCACUGCCCUGGGAGCAGUCCCACAGAAGGAGCACACCGUGCUUAUGCAAAGGGAGAACGUCCUCACUGGGGCAGGGGACAGAUUAAACCAUUUAGUGUAGCUUUACUUUCUCCCCAGAGUUUGACCUGUGCAAGAUUCUACAGCUGUAGCACCAGCUACUACAACUUGGGUAUCUGAGAAGGUUCAGGCAGUGACAUGAAACAGAAAAGCAAGGAACCAAAAUGUGUUUUCCAGAAGUUACUCAAUGGGAACGUGGGAGUGGAUUAAAGAGAACAGAAACAAAACUUACUUUGCUGAACUGCGACAAAGGCUCAUCCACACUGUAAUAAUCACCAGGCCAAACAACUCUCUGAAGAGCCAAACAGAAAGCAGGGCAGGAAAUAAUACAAACAGAGGUUCACUUUGAAAAAAAUACCAACUUUGCCUCCAAACAGUAGUUUCUGCUCCUUUGGAAAAGUUCUGUGUAUUGUACUAGGAUUAUGAUUAUAAAGGUGUUUACAGGAGUAACUUUGCUUCCCACCACAAAUCUACAAACACAUGUGUCCCCUGUACAGCUGCAGAAAUUCCUGCUUCCACUUUUUGUUCUGCACUUAUGUUCCACUGCAUGUUUCCCUCAUUAACACCGAGCAAAGAAGCAUCCCAGGGCUCCAGCCCAUGAACAGCCACAGCAGCUGCCACUGCUUCACCUCAGUGAUGUGCAGGCACCUCAUUUAGGCAACAACCAAAUGUCCAGGUGAGAAAUCCUCCCUCUCCCUCAAUCCCUGGCACUUCAGAGGACUCAGCAGGCCCUGACAGAUAAACAUACAUAUGGUAUCACCUCAACAGUGUUUAAAACAUCAAUUCCCAGUGUUACAGCUCCAGCAAGAGAACACAAAGCUGUUUCAGUGUGUCCUGGUCUUUGAAAGCCAGAACUGCCUCCAAUUAAAUCUUAACUGCCACAACCAGGCAAUCAAUCCUGACUGCUCACUCUCCCUUUAGCUCUUUUGUCCAACAAAUUGCUGGUUUGGAGCACUAAGGUCCCUUCUCUGUGCUUUGAAUCCCCUGGACCAAAAGCACUCACUGCAACAGCCCAGCAAAUAAGGUUUAGCCUGAAGGAUAUCACCUGGCCUGCUGAAUUUGUGAGGGAAAAGAAAAAUCACUGCUUACCUGCCUUCCUCUUCAUGCAAAAUGUUUCCUUGAGUGUAAGAAAACAAAGAGCAAGCCAAGACAAUGGUCCCAACAAUACAACCAGCAGAAUGAAGGCCACAGAGGCUCCUCCAAACACCAUUAUCUGGGGAAAAAAAUAGACUGUCAGCAACUGCAGUAUAGCAUGAAGUAAACCCUAUAAAUCAAAAGCAAUGGGCGUACUAAAAAAGCUGCCUCCAGCAAACACACACAUCUUAGACAGGAAGAUGGAAUUAAUACCAGCAUCUUUAUGACCAGGGAAAUCUGCUAAAAAAGUGCUGCUGAAAAUAAACACCAGUGGGCUUGGGGCUUGCUUUCCUGGGAAUGAAACUUGGCAGCAGCACCUCAAUGAAAACUCUUUCCUGUUCUCUCCAGCAAACAAAACAGGCUCCAGCAUUCAACAUUCAUAGAACAAAAACACAAGGUGGAUUAAAAAUGAAAGUUCUCUUGAGCAACAGGAACAGAAACAGCCUUUCCAUAGCUCGUGGCCACAAGCAGACACUCAGCAGGCCCUUGUCCUGUUGCUAGGUACAAGAGAAAAAAGUGCUGCCCCAACCUCCUGACACCCACCAUUUAGAUAUUUGUAAAUGUUAAUGAGAUCCCCCCUCAGGCUUCUCUUCUCCAGACUGAACAGCCCCAGGUCCCACAGCCUUUCGUCAUAAGGAAGAUGCUCCAGUCCCCUCAGCAUCUUGGUGUCCCUGCACUGGCCUCUCUCCAGCAGUUCCCUGUCCCUCUUGAGCUGGGGAGCCCAGAUCUGGAACACAGGACUCCAGAUGAGGCCUCACCAGGGCAGAGUAGAGGGGGAGCAGAACCUCCCUCGAGCUGCCGGCCAGUGAUGAUGAGCAUCUCUGCCUGGGGACUGAUGUUUUUAAACAGAGGAAUAGAGCAGAUGUGAAACAUCUGAUCAGGCCUGCAGAUUCUUGUGGUUUUCCAGGCCCAGUCCCGGGCUGGCGGGUGAGAGGUGUGCAAACGACAUGGGCAGCUCUCACUGAUCUCAGUGAUGCCAACAGCAAAAAUCAUUAAGUUAAAAGCAGUCUUUUAUGGGCACUGACUCCUCCUGGCAAGCAUUACAGAAGAUCAGCUGCCAAAAUGUAAGAGCUCAGCAUGACCCAAUGUGGUAAUCGAUUCCUCAUUUGGCUGAACUUACUGUAGCUCAGCAGAGGUGGAAUCUGGGUCUUCCACAGACCUGAAUGGCAAAUAUCCCUCAGUGAAUUUACAUAAAUGUCUGGUUAUACAAUAUUUGGGCUAUUUUUGUCUUUA